GACGGACAGAGCGGUCGUCGAGAGACAGACUGUGCGCGCGUGUUUUUUUUUUUUAUUUAUUUAUUUAUUUAUUUAUUUAUUUUUUAUGCGCCCGACCGAAACCGACGGCGACAAGUGAGCUUGUGUGCGCGUUCCGCCGACGUUCCCCGUCUCCGUCCGCUGCCGUCGCCGCGAGCGCGCGCGUAUCUGUGUGUGCGUGUGUGUUUUUGUUAAAUCAAUCGUUUGGCCCCCGUCGUACGAGCGUUAUCGCUUCGCCGUGCGUGUCCGAUCCGUCCGGGUGUCCUGUCGUCCGUUGCUGGCCACCGCCGUCCGUCCGCGGAAACUCAUCGCCGCUGUGCCGUGCCGCUUUAGCACCGUCCGUCCGGCAGUUGGUCCGUACUCUUCGGCACCCGGUUGCCGGCCACCGGUCACCACCUUCAUUAUCGUUGUUCAACUGCGGCCUGAGAGGUGAUUGGCCUCCGUCGUCGCGCGCUGGUGCCGUGGAGUCGUCGGUCCGUGGGCAACGUGUCUCGCAGCGAUCGCACACCGAGUUCACAUCCGCCUAGGUGCACGAUCAUCUCGACCGUAGAGCCGGUGAUCAUUCCGGUUGUGGCGCUGCGCGAAAAUUUAUUCGCACCGUCCUACCGACUCCUACUUUCUUGCCCGGGGUUCGAUCGGUCACGACGGGUGUGUUUUCUCGGACUCAUCGUUCGGUUUUAAUUUUUAGUAUCUACCGAAUACCACGUUCGGCCGAUGUGAUAAGAAAAGCUUUUGCUUUUGUGUGUUUUUCUCCGCGAUGACCGGCCGACCGGUGUGUGACGGGUUGAAGAUUGUUGUGUGCCGGACGACUGACGUGUCGUGAUAACAUGGAAACGGAUAUUAAGCAGCAGCGUAUCAAACGCAGCAAGCGAAGAGAACGGGCUCAGCGCAUGCACGCUAAGAAACAUGAGCUGGACAGUGGAGAAGAAGACGAAUUGUCUGCCAAGGAGAAGAUCCAAAGACCUCCACCACCAAACCGUAGGAAAAAGAAAGAAACUUCUUUGUUCGAUGAAGAUGUUGUUGAUGGGUUUGCUAUUCUAUCCUUCAAGUCAUACGAAGAUCUAGAGAAUUGUGUUCAACAAUGUUUAGUUAAGAGUGCAGUGACUCUUGGACUUGAUCCAUCAUCUCAAAGCUUUUUACAUAGGAACCACCAUAAACAUCAUCGAAAUCAUGUACACAAUCAUAAUAACAAUAAUCAUCAUGAUAGUAAUUCCAGCACUCCAGUUACACCAGUCAAAUCGGAGUACAAUGUACCCAGUCCACCAACAACACCUAAUAAUUUUAAUCAUAACAAGAAUCCAUUGUCCCUUGAUUUAAAACACGAUAGUGAAGGUGGUGAAAAUGAUGCUUCUCUUGUACAAUCUUUUAAAAGACCGUCUGGUAUCAAAGUAUCUACAUCGUCACCUAGUCAAAGUGGUCAAAGACGGUCGAGCUCGAGAGAACGAUUCAGUGAUGCUAGUAGUAAUUGUAGUUCAGGCAGAGGUUAUAUUUGUGACAGUGAAGAUGAUGGCGAUAAGGGUUCAGAUAAUUCUGACCUUUUUAGAACCAGUCUGGUUUCCAGGAAAGAUGAAUUACCAGGAAGAGUUUCUUCUGAACCUGCCCAAAAUGUACCUGCAACAGCUGCUAAAGAUCCUAUAUCCAUUACACCGCCUAGUCGACAACCUACUCCUCCAUUAGUUAAUGGCGUAGAUUUUGAUAACCAUUCGGCGCCUGAAACAACUACAGCAUCUAUGACUCAUAUCAGACCCUCACAAAUUCCUAUGUUACCACCUCCAUCUACUACUCCUCGGGCACUACAGGUGUCUCAACCAACAUGUCCAUCCCCUACAAUACCUCCAGCUUCUACCCCUCCUAUUACAUCUAAAUCUCAAAAUGCACACGUGAAUGGACAUGAAGCUUCAACACCUUCUGCUUCAGUUACAUCGCGGUACUCUCCGGUAUCAUCUUCAGGACUUAUCAGUCCUCGAAAUUUUCCCACUAAUACAUUACCACCUACAAGUGUACCGCCAUAUCAAACUCCACCUCAAGCAUGUCCAUUGUCUUUGAGCAUCACAAAUUCUUAUAUAACUUCUUCCUCAUCACAAAACCCCGUAUUAUCUCACGCUGCAUCUAAUUAUAUACCAAAAUCGUCUAACCAACAAAUGCCUUCUCCUCAUCAACAUAGUUCUCCUUAUAUGCAAAAAUCUAAUAUGAUGUAUCAUCCGCCUCACGGUGUUCCCUACUCUUCACCCGGUUUUCAUCCUAGUCCAUAUAAAUCCACCCCAUCAUUAUUAGCUACCGUAUCUAGUUCUUAUAUACCCUAUUCUACUACUCCUUCAUCCACAGUAACUGUGUCAGCUUCUGCUACGAUUUCUAGUACUUCAAGCAACAAUCAACUCACCGCAACAUCGCCGGCAACUAAUUUUAACUCUCCAUACCAACCUCCUGUUCCUCCACAGCAUUAUCCACCAUUGUAUGCUCCAUACAGAAGUACACCUUACAUGCCAUCUGCAUUGUCGAAUGCAGCAAGAUUAAAUCGAUCUUCCCCAAUGUCUGUGAUAUCAACUAAGUCGAGUGUGAUGUCUGCAUCUACUCUAGUUGCACCAAUAACUGCUGCUGCGGUUGCUGCUACUACUACUAGUACUACUACUUCAUCACUUUUGAGUGGACACCCUAUUUUAGGUAGAGGACAGUCACCGCGAGGCCCAAGUCCAAGCAGGGAACGUGAUGGUUAUAGUUUAAACCGAAACACUGGUCCUCCAUUAAAUUCUGCUUCGUCAUUUAAUACUCCAUCAUUGGCGUUAACUCCUGCUGCUGGCCCAACUUUAGCACCUACUAUCCCAUCUUCAGUACCAUCUAGUCUUGUUUAUAAUAAACCGGCAUUGUGGGGUCCAAUAGGAAAUAGUAUUGCAACAUCUACAAUGGCAAGUAUAACUCGACAACAUCCAUCAUCAUAUCCACCGCCAUUAUUUUCGUCACCAGUAUCUACAGCUACAUCUCAACCUUCAUUACCAUCAGCUCCACCAGCUCAUAAUCCUUUUUCUGCUGAAUCUUUAUUUCAAUCUAACCAAGCUGACAUGUUAAGGAGAGAACUAGACUCCAGAUUUUUAGCAUCAUCUCAAGAAAGAGCUUUGACAGUUGGUGCACCUUAUUUACGCACAGAAAUGCACCAUCAUCAGCAUCAACAUACACAUGUACAUCAACAUACAGCAACACCACUUAUUCCUGCUGUAGCAGCAACUGUAGCAUCUAUACCAAGUGCUUCAACCUUACCACCAACACCAUCUUCGGCAUUAUAUGCACCUCCACUGUUUAAAGAUAUACCAAAAUUGGGAGGAGUUGAUUCACCAUUUUACAGGCAAAAUUUAUUAUCUGGAAGCUAUCCAGGAUUUACACCAGGCCUUUUACAUUCUUCAAUGGGUCAUACACCAUUUACACCGCCAAAUCACAUGCCAACAUUUACUCCAAAACAAUUGACUGAUACAUCCAAACCUACAAAAUCAAGUAAACCUGGAAAGUGGAAUGCAAUGCAUGUACGAUUAGCUUGGGAAAUUUAUCAUUAUCAACAAAAACAACAAGUUGCUGAAACCAAAAAUGUUGCUAGUAAUCCGGUGCCAAAGACUGAAUUAUUAAGGCCACCAACACAUUUAUUUCCACCCAGCCGACCACCCCAUGAUCUCUCACCAUUCACUUCCCCUCAUCAUCAUCAUCCAGGAUUACCUCCUGGAUAUCCUCCUAUGGGUCCUGCAGCAAUGUUUUCAAGAUAUCCAACUGGUUUUCCACCAAUAUCUUCAUUCCCUCCUAAUCCCAUGAAUGAUCCAUGGGCUAGACUACAACCUUCUCGAGGACUUCCUACACCAAAUUCACCAUAUGGCCCUUCUACAGGUUGGCCAAUUAAACCAGAUCCUGUUGAAACUGAACGUGCUGAACAGCAACAACGUGAACGGGAGCGAGAACGGGAGCGUGAACGAGAAAGAGAACGUGAAAAAGAGAGAGAAAGAGGAAGAGAACGAGAACGUGUUAAACGUGAAGAAAAAAGAAGGCAAAUGAUACAGCAGCAGCAGCAACAACAACAGCAAUUACAUCAACAACAGCAGCAGCAGCAGCAGCAACAUCAACAGCAGCAGCAGCAGCAGCAACAUCAGCAACAACAGGCACAUUUACAACAUCAACAUCAACAACAACAACAACUACAUCAACAAGUGGUCAAGAUGAGGGAAAGAUCCCCUUUAAAAGAUCCUAAUCUUAUGUCCAAAGAAGAAGAUUUAAAUAAUAUGAUGUUAGGUCGUGUUCCACCAACCUCUCACUACUUACCACCACCUCCAAGACAUCCUCAAAGAGCUCUACCCACUCAUUUUUCACCAUGGGACCAAUAUAGAUAUGAUUCUUUGAGAUUCAGUCCAUUAAUUGCUGCUGCUGCUUAUAGAGCUGAAGAAGAAGAACAUAGAGCUAAAUUAUUUGGUUAUCAUCCUCAAUCUCACUUACGACCUAAAGAUCCAUCUCCUAAUAUGCAUCGACAAAUGCCUCCAGAUAUGCAGCUACCUAAAAAAGAAGAGUCUUCUCAGUCAAGAUAGUCUAACUUAAAGAAUUUAAUGUUUUAAUCAUUGUGAAUGGAGAAUUUUUAAACUUAUUUUGACAACUUUUAUUCUUCUUAGCAUUCUUCUGGCAUAUAUUACACUAUAAUUCUAUAUAAAUUUUAUAUUUUAAAUAUGA